GUCCUUACAGUAAAUCCAUAGGAGGUGAACCCCAUAUUUCAAACUUCAUUUUGGGAAAGGAACAGCCACGUAUUCAAAUUCAGAUGCUAUUUAUACAUUGAGUUCUGGACUAGGAAGAUGUUACUGAAAUGAAUAACUACAUUCUGGAACCAGCCUAAUGGUCUUAUUUGGACUAACUCUCUUAACAUUUUGAUACAAGCCUUUGGCCACAUUAAAGCUCUUUUGGAUGCAGCAACAGCGUCAAGGGACUCCUGUGUGGUGGAGAGAGGGCUCAAUGAGACUGAAUUCACAACAAUCAGACUAUUGGAAUGCACACCUGGAACAGCAGCCAUCUAAAUGGUCAAUUUAGAGUCACUGACUGGUUCUGAAAAUUUGAGUCCAAUCACGUCUAAAAGUACUCGGAACACCUGAAGUAUGUUUCUGCAUGUAAACCACAGGAAAUUCAGAAUUCUGCCAGGUGAGGCAGGCCCUGUGCUGUGCUCCACUGCUGUGUCUCAGCAUGGGGAUGGCUGAGAAUGGCCCAGAAAAUUUUUAAAGCUGGGGAUACUAACCAGGAUGGACAGCUGGAUUUUGAAGAAUUUAUGCAGUACCUUAAAGAACAUGAGAAAAAGAUGAAACUGGCAUUCAAGAGCCUGGACAAAAACAAUGAUGGAAAAAUUGAAGCCUCAGAAGUUGUCCAGUCCCUCAAGAUAUUGGGUAUAAACAUUUCAGAAAAACAGGCAGAAAAGAUCCUGCAAAGUAUUGAUGCCGAUGGGACAAUGACAGUAGACUGGAAUGAGUGGAGAGAUCAUUUUAUGUUUAAUCCAGCUACAGACAUUGAAGAAAUAAUUCGAUAUUGGAAACAUUCCACUGUAUUGGAUAUAGGAGAUAGUUUGACUGUUCCAGAUGAGUUCACAGAGGAAGAGAAGAAGAGUGGGCAGUGGUGGAAGCAGCUGUUGGCAGGAGGAGUGGCUGGUGCUGUCUCUCGAACAGGCACAGCACCCUUAGAUCGCCUCAAAGUCAUGAUGCAGGUUCAUGGUUCAAAGUCAAACAAAAUGAAUAUAGCCAGCGGUUUUAAGCAAAUGUUGAAAGAAGGUGGUGUGCGGUCCCUUUGGAGGGGAAAUGGUGUAAAUGUUGUGAAAAUAGCUCCUGAAACAGCUAUUAAGUUCUGGGCUUAUGAACAGUAUAAGAAGAUACUCACUAGGGAUGAUGGAAAGUUAGGCACUGUUGAAAGAUUUGUAUCUGGUUCUUUAGCUGGAGCAACAGCACAAACUUCUAUUUAUCCCAUGGAGGUUUUAAAGACCAGAUUGGCUGUGGGUAAAACAGGGCAAUAUUCUGGGAUGUUUGACUGUGCUAAGAAGAUUUUAAAAAGAGAAGGUCCAAAGGCCUUCUAUAAAGGCUAUAUUCCUAAUAUUCUGGGUAUAAUUCCUUAUGCUGGCAUUGACCUUGCUGUUUAUGAGCUCUUGAAGAGUACAUGGCUAGAGCACUAUGCAUCAAGCUCAGCAAACCCAGGAGUGUUUGUGCUGCUGGGCUGUGGCACCGUGUCCAGCACGUGUGGCCAGUUGGCCAGUUACCCUCUGGCUCUCAUCAGAACACGCAUGCAGGCUCAAGCCUCAGUGGAAGGAGCUCCACAGUUAAGCAUGGUUGGUCUCUUUCAAAGAAUUGUUGCUACAGAGGGACUCCGAGGACUUUAUAGGGGCAUAGCCCCUAAUUUUAUGAAAGUGCUUCCAGCUGUCAGCAUCAGCUAUGUUGUAUAUGAAAAAAUGAAACAGAAUUUGGGAAUAGCAUGAAAUGAAGGAAAGAGGUGAGGUGCUUAUAAUGCUGUUGGAAACACCAAAACAAUAAUGUUUUCUCAAGUAAUCUGCUCUCACAAUUAGAGACAGAUCUUUCUAGAGAGAUGCUGCGACUUCCACAUUUGUCCUUAGGUGGGAAGAAACUUUCUUAAAUUUUGGUUCACCAUUUUUAAACAGAUACCUAUAUUGCACUUUAAAAUGUCACUGAGUUUAAAAAAAAAUAAAUCAAGAAACUGUCUUUAAAUCAGCAGUAUGUUCUUAUAUUUAGGAAAUCAUGCAUAUUUUACUCAUUGGGGUUUUUUUAAUUUGUCCUUUUUAAAUGUGCAUUUGUCUUGGAUGAAACCAAAGGUAGGAGAAGUCUGUACUGCCUUGAUACUGAAUAUAUGAAAGUGACUUUGUGUUUUGUCAAGCUGCCUACACUCAAGCAAUUCACAGGCGACAUUUUGCAUGCCUAGAAGUGAGCACUUUUGUUAUUUUUGAAGACUGAAUGUUAAGUUCAUAAGAAAUAGCAUCUUGGAUGCACACAAUGAUGGAAUAGCACAUUAAAAUGUAGCCCAUCACCUUUGUCUUCAGGCAAACCUUUUUAUUUUUCAUUAUUUAAAGAGCCUGAGAAACUGCUGUUCUGCAGAAUCGGAAUACCUCAAAUGGAUUUACACGGUAUUUUUGUAAUACAAUCAGCAAUUUUGAUAACUUGCUUCACUGGACCUGCUUUUCAUUGCACUUGUAAAUGUCAGCACCAUUAACUAUGGCAUAAUUUGGGUUACAGCUGCAUGUUUUAUAGGAUCAUAAUACACAGGAACAGAAAAAGAUUGGAUGUUAGAUCCAUUCCAUACAAGUGCAGGUUGCUAUUUAAAAACAGGAUGGAGGAUCCAGGAUGAAGCUGGUUGUAAUUCCAGUACAGCCAAUGGCAGAGCUGUUCAUAGCUCUGGGAACAGGGAUGCUUGUCAUUUUGGACUCUCCAUUCUUUCCCUUAUUCAGAGGGCUACAUCCACUCUGUGCUUUUAGCCAGUAGAGGAUUGCAUUAUUAUGUAAAGGAUUUUUACAAUUUCAUCAUGCAAGAUCAGUCUUCUGUGCACAUUGGCUGUGGGUGUGAAAUUGGGAUAGUAAAAUACUGAAGUGUUUUGUCCAGGUGACCAAGUGGCAAUGCUGACCUCAGGUGCCCAUCAGCUUGGUGUUAAUGUAGCAUGCAAAGCAAAGCAUGCAUGCAGACCUGCUAGUGCUUGAGAAACAGCUCCUCCUCAAAAAAACAAAGCAGCCCUUCCUCAAUGCAGAGCUUUAGUAGGCAUUUCCAUGUACAAGUCCUUCCAAAGUGACUUCCUUUUCUUUUUUUAUUUUUUUUUUCUUGGUGUGUAUGGAGGGGCACACAGUUGCCUUCAGGCCUGAACACUGAAAUAGAUUAACAAUUAUUACCAGACUCUUUUGUUAGGCUUUUUCUCCUUUCUGUAAUGUGUAGUGUCUUCAUCUUGGUAAAUUCGAGAUUAUACUUACCUUGACCUUCUAAAAGCAACUGCUCUUAGACCACUUUCUGAAAUUGGAUUACUGAAGGAAGAACUUUGUUCUGUUAAGGUCAUUAAGGGUCUUCUUUUUAAUUCUUUCUUUUUUUGGGUGAGCAUGAGGGGGUGCAUGUUUUUUUGUUUGUUUUGUUGUUUUUUUUAAGCAGAAAAAUAAGCAAGCAAAAAUAACUGCCUGAAUCUCCCUUGUCUAAAUAUGCUUUAGGCCAUAUUUUUCAAACAGCAAUCACAUGUAAAUUUGUGUUCAGUGCUUCCAUGGCUGGUGUUUAUUCUCCAUAAACUGAUGCAUAGCAAUUCCAUAAAAUCUGUAUUAUAGAAUUUUUUAUCACAUUUCAGAAAAUGGCAGCUCUAGCUGUAUUUUGGCCUUCCCUUUAGGGAAAUGUUGGACUUUGCACUUUAGAAAAAAGAAGUCAUUCUAUCCAAAUCAUUUAUAUGUAUAAUGCCUUUCUGAUCAGAGUUUUCCUUGGUUUUGCCAAUAUCUUUGUACCUUUGUGGGAUUUGUGAGAUCAGUUGCUGGUAAUUUUGUUUGACUGUGACCAAUGAGCAAAUGUAUUGUGUGUGUGAUGUAAAGAUGACUUUAGCAUUUCUAUCUUCCAGACUUGUUCCAUUUUGUUUAUAGUGUGCAAGUGCCAUUAUGAGUAUUGAAAUCAUGGUGACCUUUUCAAAUGUUGAAAAGAUGAGCUGUUUCAGAUUUGAUUUUUCAUUAUGUGCCUUGAUGAUGAUGACUGUGGUCAAUUGUGUAUUCUUUGUCUCUUAAAUGUAUGUUUACCUUUCUAGCUCCAUAAAACUACCAGUUUCUAAUAAAUCUUUGUUUCCUUA